AUGGUGCGUGCGACCAAGCAGGCUUUACUAAAGGAAGACGUUACAAGAGAGUACACGAUCCACCUUCAUAAAUACAUCCACAGCGUCGUAUUCAAAAAGAGAGCACCGCGAGCGAUCGCAGCAAUAAAGGCGUUCGCACGACGGACCAUGGGUACCGAAGACGUGCGAAUCGACGCCAAAGUCAAUAAGGAAGUGUGGAAAAAUGGCAUUCGGGGCGUUCCAAACCGUGUGCGUGUCCGGCUCUCGAGGAGAAGAGCGGAUACGGAUGCGUCCAAACCGAAGCUUUACACGUACGUGACACUCGUGCCGGUAACCAGCUUUCGAGGCUUGCAGACCGUGAACGUAGAUGAGUAA